UGAUCAUCUGUUCGGCUAGCUGCCUCUGAUUAGCCACGUCAUGUAAACUUAGCAGUGGAGCAGUUGUGAAAUAAAGGCAGCAAGGGCUCGCAGUUUUUAGGGGAUUUUAGUUUCGUUUUCAAAGAGAAGGGUUAAAUUCAGGCUCAUAACUCGGCAGUAAUCCUAUGGAAAGAUGUCGGACAUCGGGGACUGGUUCAGAAGCAUCCCUUUCAUCACCCGGUCCUGGUUCGCUGCCUCCAUUGCUGUUCCCUUGGUUGGGAAACUGGGGUUGAUUAAUUUCAGGAACUUCCUGCUCUUUCCGGAGCUCUUCUUUAACAGAUUUCAGCUCUGGAGACCAGUGACAGCCACCCUUUUUUUCCCAAUAACCCCUGGUACUGGGUUUCUGUACCUGGUCAACCUGUAUUUCCUCUACCACUAUUCCACCCGGCUAGAGACAGGGGCUUUUGAUGGCAGACCUGCAGACUAUAUCUUCAUGCUCUUCUUCAACUGGAUCUGCAUUGUUAUUACUGGGCUGCUGAUGAACAUGCGGCUGCUGAUGAUCCCACUGAUUAUGUCAGUGUUGUACGUCUGGGCUCAGUUCAACAAAGACAUGAUUGUGUCCUUCUGGUUCGGAACGCGAUUCAAGGCACAUUAUCUACCUUGGGUCAUUCUGGCCUUCAACUUUAUCAUCGGAGGGUCUUUUGUGGAUGAACUGACAGGAAACCUGGUGGGCCACCUCUACUUCUUCCUCAUGUUCAAAUACCCCAUGGACCUGGGAGGACGCUCCUUCCUCUCCACACCAGAGUUCUUGUACCGGUUCUUCCCCAACAGGAGGGGAGGGAUAUCAGGAUUUGGAGUUCCUCCCAGCAGAAGACCGGCUGCCCAGGAACCAGCAGCAGGAGGCGGUGGAGGAGGAGGACGCCACAACUGGGGUCAAGGCUUCCGUCUGGGGGGUGAAUGAGAGAGAACGACACCCCCCAUAGCUCCUGAUAACAAAUGACUGAGCAGUUUGUGUUUCAGGUUAAAAUGCUCGCUUCCUCGCCUUCUCUCCAACUUGACGGAAUUGAAAGCUCAACUUCCAGUUUAUUUUAUGUUUAGUUUUAAAAGAUUCAGCAGGAUGAAAUUUGAGGAAGCGUGCAUUUUAAGCUCGACUGCACCACACAGCAGGACUCUGACUGUAGGCUCAGUUCACACAGUAAAGUGCUACUAUUACUACUGCAGAUGUGUCCAAGUGAAGCAGAUAGAAAAUAGUUUUUUUUCCUGCAGCGACCCUUGAGCUCCCUCCCCAUUUUCUUCUUCUUUUCGUCCCUGCUCCACCUUCUUUCUCCACCCUGCCAUCGGACUGUCAGAAGGAGAUGUUGCAGCUGCACACCAGCACUCUGUCGGUUUUGAAUCUUGUGUUCCUCCCUCCCUCUCUCUCUGUGAUGCCAUAUCAGAUUACAUUGUAAUUACCCAUGCACUGGGAGCGUGCUCUCAGCCAUCCCUCAGCAGAACAUGGGCAAAGCUAUUUAGAGAGCACUGUUUCCAGGUCUGAAUUUCCAUGGGUGUGAAAUGUUGUUGAGCCUCGGUGGCACAGACCUGGAUCUGUUUCUGUCAUGAGAUCUGAUCUUAACCAGAAUGAGGUAAAGAUGGGAUGUUGAUCUUUUUUUUGUAAAUAUAACAAUUGCUUAUUGAAAGGA